UGGACUCGUUGUCGUUUUCUUGUUUGGAUCUUCUUUUACAAAAAAGAAAAGAACUUAACCCAACAUAAAGCUUUUGUGGCUGAAGAAAAAGAACAGAGAAAAAUAGAAAAGUAUAUUCGAACACAGCACUCUUUCGAAGGGCUAGAGCGUGUUGGGGGUUGCGAGGAAUUAAAUAUUUCUGCUUUGCAGCUCACUUGGACGCUGUUUCUGAGCAAUGAGAUCCUAUAAUAGCAAGGCACAGGUUAUCAAGAUUAAAUUUGGAGAUACUCUCAAGCGUAUGAAAGUACCUUACUCCUAUAUGGGCAUGACUGAUUUGAGGAGAACGAUCCGUGAUUUAUUUAAAUUCCCUGCUGAUGCUGACUUUAUCUUGACAUAUGUUGACGAAGAUGGUGAUGUGGUAACACUUUUUGAUGAUGAUGAUCUGUUUGCCGCGGUUAAUCAGAGCUUUAAAGCCGUGAAGAUCUAUGUGCAACUAAGCAACAACAAUGCUCAAUCUGGUGGAAGCAGCAUUUCUACCCAACGUCUUACUUCUCUUCAAACCCAGCAUCCAUAUCCGAAGAUCGAUGCCGGUGUUGUUGCUAAGGUUUCAAAAUCAGUGCUGCAACAGCUCCGGGAAGCACUUCUGCUACAUGAAGCACUUUCAAAGAUUUCGGAGGAUAUGAUUUCUAAAGCUGUCUCUGAUCUAGUUCUUGGUGAGCUUGUUGAUUUCAUAUCAAAGACCGCACAGACCUACCUCAAUCUGGAUUCACAAACUCAUUCUGGUAUGGAUUCAACUACGCAGAAUGUUGGUCAUGGCGAAGGGGACGAAGCUGGGUGCCAAUGAAUCGUGCAAGAGUUUGGUUUUACGCUGACAGAAAACAACAAAUCAAGUAAUGAAUAUCAAGCUGCGUACGUGCUGUAAUAGAUAUCACAGUGGGAAGAAGGAUUAUAUAUAUAUAUAUAGUAGAAACUUGGUGUUUGUAAUGGAAUGAUUCGCUUUUUCUCAAGGGCAACUUGAUAGAACAACAUGCCAUGAUGAUAUAUAUGCGUGUGUGAUGUAUUGUAUUGUUGGUAAUAUGGUGAUUUUAUUCUAUUGUGCCUUAGUUUUCA